AUGCGCGCAAAUUUGUUUCAAUUGGCUAUAAUUAUUGGAUCCUUGUUUACUGUCGUAGCUCAUGGUCUAAAAGAUCAGAACCUUUACCUUGGUGGAUUUUUUCCUCUCGAAGAUUUAUCCGGCAAUAACUGGCAGACUGGAAACGGUAUAUUAGCUGCAUGUCGACUUGCAGUAGAUUUAAUCAACAAUUCUACUAAUAUCUUGCCAAAUCAUCGAUUAGUCCUAAUAGCUAACGACACCAAGGUAAGAAGAGGCCUUUUACCUCGAGCGCAACGAGUCCUUUUCAAUUAUAUUUUUCGUCCACCAACUAAAUUGGCUCUAAUUGGUGCCGGCUAUUCUAGUGUUACCGAGCCACUAGCUGCAACUUCGGCAUUAUGGAAUUUGCUAUUGGUUUCUUAUUCAGCUUCAUCGCCCGUUUUGUCCAAUCGCCAAAAAUUUCCAUAUUUUUUUCGUACUAUCGAAUCGGAAAUUUCAUUUAAUAAUCCACGUAUUGAAUUAUUAAAGUACUACAAUUGGAAUCAGAUCGCACUUUUAUAUGAAUCGGAAAAUAUUUUCAGCGAGACGAUGGAUGAUUUUCGAAGUAAAAUAGCAGUUAAUAAUAAUAUCACUAUAAUAUCAUCGGAAAGUUUUGCAGACCAGCCCAAGGAACAAGUCAAACAAAUAAAAGAAAAAGACGCCAGAAUUAUUAUUGCAAGUUUCUACGAAGAUACUGGAAGGAAGGUCAUAUGCGAAGCUUACCAUCAUGGUUUAUUCGGUGCCAAAUAUGUUUGGAUUUUAAUCGGAUGGUUAGAAGUGAAUUGGUGGGAUGUAGCGGUAACGGUUUCAUCUGGUCAGUGUACUCGAGAACAAAUGCGUGAAGUAAUUACAGGCCAGAUUGCAAUUGAUUUAACCUAUGUACGCAAAGAUGAUAAGAGAGCAAUUUCUGGCCAGACCGCAUCAGAAUUUACGCAAGCCUAUUCUGAAUUAGUACCUAAUGUUAACAAACGCGAUCUCUACGCUGCUUUUGCCUAUGAUGCUGUUUACGCUAUCGCCUUAGCUCUAAAUCAGAGUGAAGUAGAUCUAGUCAAGUAUAACAAAACUUUGAGCGAUUUCACUUAUAACGAUCUUCAAAUGGCCCGAAUAUUUAGAACGAAUAUGCAAAAUUUACUAUUUGAAGGCAUUUCUGGGACAGUUAGUUUUACAGCCAAAGGUACUCGAAUUGACAUAACUGGUGUUACGCAAAAAGUUAAUAUUGGUAUUUAUGACGGCCAAGCCAAGCAGAUUGCCAUUAACAACGACCUAGUUCAGUGGAAGAGCAAUAGAACUCCCAUUGCAUCCGUUCGAUAUAGCUUCACUCCUUUACACAUCGAUUUAGCAUUACUUAUUUCCAUGUAUAUUCUAGCUACUUGCGGAAUCCUUUUGGCUAUUGCAUUCCUGACUUUUAAUAUCAUACUUCGACAUGAAAGAUUUAUCAAGAUGUCAAGCCCGCGAAUUAAUAAUCUCAUCGUUGUUGGUUGUAGCAUGAUGUAUUUCGCUAUUUAUGUAUUCGGUUUGGAUGGUAGAUGGGUCUCUCAGCGAAAUUUUCAUGCUGUUUGUGUGGCUCGUGGCUGGUUCCCAGUUAUUGGCUUUACCUUUAUGUUCGGUUCAAUCUUUGCUAAAACUUAUCGUGUGCACAAAAUAUUUACAAGUGGCAAAGCUAAUAAAGUGGUAAGGGCCGUCAUGAAGGAUACUUAUCUAUUUGGUCUUAUUGGAAUAUUGUUACUUAUGGACAUUACUAUCCUAACUGCGUGGCAAAUUAUUGAUCCAAUGUACUUGAAAAUUCUUAAUUUAACAGCUGAGAGUUCUCCGAAUCAAGAUGUGGUCCGCUUACCUCAAAUUUGGCUAUGUGAUAGUAAUAAUAAAGUUACCUGGUUGAUUGCCUUAUUCGUAUUGAAAGGCACAGUUGUCAUGGUUGCAGUUUUUUUCGCAUGGGAAACGCGUAAAGUAACAGUUGCUGCCCUAAAUGAUUCUCAGUAUAUUGGCAUGGCAGUUUACAACGUAGUUAUUCUAGGUAUUGUUGGCGUACCAGUUAUUAUUAUUCUAGCUGAUCAGAUUAACCCGACCUUCGCAUUAACCAGUGGCUUUAUCGUAUUUGGCAAUACUGUUGUAUUAUGCUUAGUAUUUGUGCCAAAAGUAAGUAACUGCAUUCUCAAUAUGACUUGCAUUCUGUAG